AUGGCCUUACCUACUUUUUCUUCCCCAUUUUACCUUAGGUGUGCUGCAUCCCGCACUAAAAUCGAAUUGAAACUAACAAGUGCCCAACUGGAAUAUUUACAUCAAUAUUAUACAAUCGAUCAAAGUCCAGCGGAAGAAGUAUUUUAUGAACUUGGACAGCAGUGGAAGAAGGAUGAUUUCAAAUUUCGCCUUGAUUUAGAACAGUGGUUCUUUUGUCGUCGAAUGGCCGAUUGGGAGGAGAGAGAGCGGUGCCAAGCAAUGCCAAGAAUUGCAGGAUAG